AUGUCUAAAGACUCUCCCCUUAACCCUCCACCGGGCUUGAAAAAGCCCAAGAAUUUACACAUUGCUCAUAGACGAUCCCCUAGUGAGUUAACCACAUUAAUGGUGGAACAGUACAAUUUACAACGUCAACUCGAACAGGUGCAAGCCCAACAGAAACAAAUUCUUCAACAGCAACAAUUGGCUGCUAAUCAUCAUCAACAAUUUACUUACCCACCUCCACCUCCGGGCCUUACCACGUCUCCAUCAUCUCAACAUGACUUAAUGCCACCUCCGGGUCUCUACCGUACGUCUCAUUCCAGGACUUCUUCCAUCAACAACAGCAAUAACAACAACAAUAACAAUAACAAUAACAAUCAUAGAAGAACUGGCUCCUCCUCCAAUAACAAUAACAAUGGUGCUAAUGCUCAGGGUCAUGCCAGAAGACAUUCGUUGGGAUUGAAUGAAGCCAUUAAGGCUGCUGCGAAUCAAAGACAAAGCAAUAGAACUUCAAUGAGUCCAUCAUCUUCAACCACUGCUGCUUCCAAUUCAGAUAAUGAUAGCAUUCCUACAUUUAAAUUCCCAGCUACUCCCGUUUCCGAUAUCGAUAGUGAAUCAAAUAGUCCUCCAAUAACUUCAGGAUCUUCUCAUAAUCGAUCUCGAUCUCUUGCAUAUGGUCAACAACAAUUCAAAUUCCCGGCCUCCUCUAAUCCUCCUAGUUCUGGAGAUAAUUUAUUACCUCCUACUCCUAAUUUUUCAAUAACUCAAAGUCCUGAACGGAGUCAUAACAGAAGAGCUUCUCACUAUAGAUCAGGUUCAAGAAACUUUGAUUCCAAUGGAAUUAAUUCCAAUUGGAGAUCUCAACAACAACAGGGUCAAACCUCGAGUUUAGAACCUCCUCAAGCAGGGUUUAUUCCCGGUCAUAAACCUCGUAAUAGUUCUUAUGGUGGAGGUUCUGUCUCAUCACUUUCUCAAUUCAUUCCUAAUAAUAAUAAUAAUAAUGGCUCCAACAAUAACAAUAACAACAAUAAUAAUAGCAAUAAUAAUAGUAAUGGUCGUAAAUCACUUUUUGCUCCUUAUUUGGCUCAAUCUUCUUUACCUGAUUUAAUUAAUGAAGGUAGAUUAGUUACUGGGAUCUUACGGGUUAAUAAAAAGAAUCGGUCUGAUGCUUAUGUAUCUACAGAUGGAUUAUUAGAUGCUGAUAUAUUCAUUUGUGGAUCUAAAGAUCGGAAUCGAGCCCUUGAAGGAGACUUAGUGGCUGUUGAGUUAUUGGUGGUUGAUGAAGUGUGGGAAUCUAAAAAGGAAAAGGAAGAAAAGAAGAGAAGAAAAGAUAAUACUUUAACUUCAAGACCUUUAAAUGAUGAUAUUCAUAAUGAUGCUACUUCUUCAGCUCCUUCUACUGCUGAUGGGAAUGAUGAUAGUAAUAAUAUUAAUAAUAUUAAUAACAAUAAUGGUAGUGGAUUAGCCAGAAGAGGGUCUUUAAAACAAAGACCUACCAUGAAGAAAAAUGAUGAUGUAGAAGUUGAAGGUCAAUCAUUAUUAUUAGUUGAAGAAGAGGAAAUUAAUGAUGAAGUUAAACCGUUAUAUGCUGGACACGUUGUAGCUGUAGUUGAUAGAAUUCCAGGUCAAUUAUUUGCAGGAACUUUAGGAUUAUUAAGACCAGCUCAAGCUGCACAAGCUGCUAAGGAUAAAAAGGAUGGAAAAGAAUCAAGUGUUCAAACUCCUCGAGCUCCAAAGAUUGUUUGGUUUAAACCUACUGAUAAAAAGGUUCCAUUAAUUGCCAUUCCUACUGAACAAGUUCCCAAAGAUUUUGUAGAAAAUCAUGAAAAAUAUGCUGAUGAAUUAUUUGUAGCCUCAAUUAAAAGAUGGCCAAUUACUUCAUUACAUCCAUUUGGAACUUUAGUUAGUAAAUUAGGAAAAAUUGAAGAUCCUAAUACUGAAGUAGAUUCAAUUUUAAGAGAUAAUAAUUUCUUAUGUGAUGAAUAUCAAGAUCAAACAUUCCCCAUUGAAGAAGAUGAUUUUGAAAAUGAAUUGAUAUCUCCUCGUAGAGUGGAAUAUUUAAAUGAUUAUAUUAUAUCAUUUACUCAAACUGGAGAUUUUGUAGAUCAUGCAUUACAUGUUAAAAGACUUUCUCAUUCUAAAAUUGAAUUAGGUUUUCAUGCUGUAGAUAUUUCAUAUUUUGUUAAAUCGGGUUCAAUUUUAGAUCGAAAGGCUAAAAAGAGAUCAUCCUCGGUAUUUUUACCACAAAAGGUUGAACACUUAUUUCCUCAAUCUUUAAUGGAUAUUAUAUCUUUUAAAGAAAAUGAAAAAAAUUUAGCAAUUUCAGUGGUAUUUGAAAUUGAUACUAGUAAUUUUGAAGUUGAAGAUCUUUAUAUUCAUGAAUCUAUCAUUGUUCCAAAACAAUUGGUAACUUAUGAUGCAGUAGAUUCAAUUUUAGAAGGUCAAUCAAUUGAUUCUAUAUCUUCAGCUACUUCAGAUUAUAUUAAAACUUUUUGUCUUAUUGCUAAAGAAUUUCGUCGUCAACGAUUAGAUAAUCGAGAUUUAGGUAUUAGUCCUAAUUUAACAUUAUUAGAUCAAUUAGAUGAUGAAAAAGUUCGAUUAAAUUUAAAUAUCUUUAAAGAUAGUUUAUCAUUUGAUGUAAUUAGUGAAAUAUCUCAUAAAGUUAAUAAUGCAAUAGCUGCAAAAAUUCAUGCAGGUUUAGGAGAUUAUGCACUUUUACGUCGUCAUCCUUUACCAACUUUACAAAAAAUUGAAACCUUUGUUAGAAAAGCUGAAAAUCUCGGAUUUAAAAUUGAUACUACAAGUUCAGCAACUUUACAAAAUUCAAUUGUAAAAAUUCAAGAUGAAGAUAAAAGAAAAUGUAUUGAAACUCUUUUAUAUAAAUGUAUGUCAAGAGGUAAAUAUUAUGUGGCAGGAAGACAAGAAUCGGAUACUUUUAAUCAUUAUUAUUUUAAUUUACCAUUAUAUACUCAUUUUACUGCUCCAUUAAGAAGAUAUGCUGAUUUAAUUGUUCAUCGACAAUUAAAAUCAGUAUUAAAUAAAUCAGAAGAAGAUUAUGAUCUUGAAGCUUUAAAAUCCACUACUGAUUAUUGUAAUUUUAAGAAAGAUUGUGCUGCCAAUGCUCAAGAACAAGCCAUUCAUUUAUUAUUAUCAAGAACUAUUAAUGAAAUGAGUGAAAGUGCAGGACAAUUAUUAUGUAUGGGGAUUGUAGUUCAAGUUUAUGAAUCAUCAUUUGAUGUAUUUAUACCUGAAUUUGGAGUUGAAAAGAGAGUUCAUGGAGAUCAAUUACCAUUAGUUAAAGCCGAAUUUGAUAAAAUUGAUCGAACUUUAGAAUUAUAUUGGGAAAAGGGAAUUGAUUCUGCAACUUAUGUACCACCCGAUGAAAAAUCUUCAUUAUCUUAUAGAAAUUCUAUAAAAAAUAAGUAUAGAACUUCAGCUUUACAAGCAGCAAAGAUUCAAAAUAAAACAGUAUUAGAAAAGAAUGAAUCUAUUAUUGAAAAAUUGGCUAAAUUAAAUUUAGAACCUCCAAAAUUAACAAUUCCAGCUUUAGAACAACAAAAGUUGAGAGUAAUUGAUUUAGGAAGAGAUUCAACACAAUCUAUGCCAUCAUCACCAACUAAAUCUAAUUUCCCCAAAAAUUUAAGAACAAAUUCAUCAUCAGUAAUUAAAUCUGAUAUUUCAUCGAAUUCAUUUAAUGGACUUGCCCCAUAUUUACAAGGUACCAUUACGAGAAUUGAAGGAGAUUCUCAUAUUCAAGUCAUUAAGGAAUUAAUUAAAGUUCCUGUAUUGAUUAGAGCUGAAAUUGGAAUGGCAUUGCCAUGUUUGACAGUUCGGGUUUUAAACCCAUUCACCGAGGAACAGUAAGUUUCUCAAUGACUCUUUCGGUUUAUAUUUCUUUAUUUUAUAUACGAGCUUAUGAUAGUUAAUGCAUAAGUGUGUGUGAGUGUGUUGUAGGGUACUAUGGUACUACUAUAUUGUACUGCUAAAUUACUGUACUUCUAUAGUACUAAACUAUUAUCUUAUACUACUCUCUUAUACUACUACUAUACUACUCUCUUAUACUAACUAUGAGUACUAUAUUACUAUAAUACUCUACUGUAUUGUUAAACUACUAC